GAACUCUUCGUGGCACUUCAUAUAAAGCUGACAUGACGGCUCUUCCAGACUUUCUAACGUAUUUGACUUCGCCGAUUUAUGCAAGCUCCGUCCGCCUUGAAGCUCCUCCAUCAACAUAGUCGACACCUGCACGCCAUGGCCAGCAACAGCGAUCUCGUGAAGCUUGCGCAGAAGCUCACAGCAGAUGGCCCGCACAAGAUGCAAUCGACCCCUCGCCGGGUCCGAGGCCUACUAAACGGCAAAUACGCUUUCGAUACCAUCAAUGCCUAUCAUGUUUGGGAGCAUCCCUAUUACCCCCAAUUCUACGUUCCAGUAUCGAGCUUCACACCCGACGCCAAAAUCACAAAAGCCUCUCCUGUAGACGGGACGAACGGGGCAACCCACCUCGGGCGGCUGUCCGUCGGAGACAAGAGCACAGAACGAGUACUCAUGUUCAGUUCAGGCUCCUUGAAAGACCUCGUCAAGGUUGAAUUCAAGGAGAUGGACCAAUGGUUCGAAGAAGACGUCCCCAUCUACCAGCAUCCCAAGGAUCCAUACAAACGCAUCGACAUCUUGAACUCCACUCGCCCCGUCAAGGUCGCACUAGACGGCGUCACUCUUGCCGAGAGCCCCAAUCCCCUGUUUCUCCUGGAGACUUCGCUGCGUACGCGGUAUUACCUACCCCCCACCAGCGUUAAGUGGGAGUAUUUGUCGAAGAGCGACAGCGAGACGUACUGUCCAUACAAAGGGAGGGCGAACUACUAUAACGUUACGAUAAACGGAAAAGAGCACAAGGACUUGGUGUGGUACUACAGGUACCCAACAGCGGAGAGCGCGCCCGUUGCCGGGCAUCUUUGUUUCUACAACGAGAAAGUGAAUAUUUGGGUCGACGGCGUUAUGGAGCAAAUCUAGUGAGAAUCCAGUUUAGCACUUAGUAUGGAAUUUCCGCCUACAGUCAGGGUGGCGGCCUUCAAUCGUUGCCUUCAAUCGUUCAAAGGCGGCUGCU